ACCCUCCUCUCGCGCGGCGAGGAUUUCGGAGGCGGCAGCGGCGGUGGCCUCUGGGUGAGAAUUUGCCCUGCUGGGCAUUGGGGGGCGUGGGCGAGGCUGCUCUCGCGGUCUUUGCUCGAGAUGACACUGUACAAUGAGUUGUAGCUGCUGUGAUCAAUGCCAGCCAGCGGAAGCACAGUCCUUUGCACGGCUUUGGCACUCUCUCGGGCAAGAGAGGUGGGGGAGAGCACCGAAGGGCCAGCUGCACGAACUACAUGCUGUUUCCAAACAUGAGGAACUGGACUCUCCAAACCUGAAAUUUCUACAAUCCAAAUCGUGGGGAAAAAGAAAAACCCCUUUUCAUGUUCAGCAGCUGCUUUGUCUUUGCUCAGCAAAAGCUGGUGAUAAUGCGAGGCUGCUUUUCAUUCCAUAAGGGGGUCAAUCUACUGCUGCUUCAGCCCCCUGGAGAAAAUAGCUGGGAAAACAUACUUGACUGUAUGAAUUAGGUGCUUAAGUGGAGUCAACAGAGAAUGGAAACACUCCCUUGGCAAUGUCUCUGGGAAGACUCCUCCGACGUGCCUCUUCGAAAGCAUCUGACCUCCUGACCUUAAAUGCCAGCAGCAGCAGCAGCGGUGGCGGAUCGUCUUCCAUCUUGGAUGGGGAGAUUAUCUACUCCAAGAACAAUGUCUGUGUCCACCCACCCGAGAUGCUGCAAGGCAACGUGCAGCAUCACCCAGGCUAUUUGUGCCUGUACAUGGAGAAAGAUGAGCUGCUUGGAACCACGCUUAUCUUGGCCUGGGUCCCAAAUUCCCGAAUUCAGAGACAGGACGAGGAGGCCCUCCGCUACAUUACACCAGAGAGCUCCCCGGUCCGCAAGGCCCCCCGCAAGCGUAACCGCCAUACUCAGGGUUUUGGCGCCACUAUGCAGGCUUCCCCCUCCUCCGAGCAGAAGCGAGCUGUGACCCCAAAGGAUGAAGAAGACGUUCUGACCGUGUCGCAGCUGGUGAGGGAUGUGGCUCACGCCAGCUGCCCUUCGGAAGAAGGGGAGAAGCUGCCCCAGGGUUGCUUGGCAACGGACAGCAUCCGCAGCUCGGCUCAGCCUGCCCACAGUGACUCAGGUAUCUUAUCGACAAUCAGUGCUCUGGAGGAGCACAACCGGUUGGAGGAGUCAGUGGAAGAAGGGCUGGAGAGCCACCUGGAGACUGCAGAGGACGACGAGGGCUCUUUGGAGUUGUCUGCCGAUGAUGUCAGCAGAGACAGCACAUUCGACUCGGACUCUGAUGCCUUCUCUUCUCCAUUCUGCCUCUCGCCCAUCAGUGAAGCCCUGGUGGAGAAUGUUGGCUCCAUGUUCCUAGUUAAUGAAAACAGCGAACCGUGCGAAAGCCACAUGACUCGCUCAGCCAGCUCCAACUCAAGCCUUGAUCCCAGCUCCCAGUUCCAGGAGAAUAACGUUCAAGUACAGACCUCCCGGUGGGAUGAGCAGCAGAAGGUGUUUGCCUUGGAACAGAUCUGUGGUGUCUUCAGAGUCGACCUGGGACAGAUGCGGUCUCUUCGCCUGUUUUUCAGUGACGAGGCAUGCACCAGUGGGCAGCUGGUGGUUGCUAGCAGGGAAAGUCAGUACAAGAUUUUCCACUUUCACCAUGGUGGCCUGGAUAAACUUUCCGAAGUGUUUCAGCAAUGGAAAUACUGCACAGAGACCCAUCUCAAAGACCAGCAGCUCACUGACGUGAAGACCUGCAUGCAGUUCUCCAUCCGAAGGCCCAAGCUGCCCUCCUCGGAAACCCAUCCAGAGGAGAACGCUUACAAGCGCCUGGAUGUCUCUGCGUGGCUCCAUCAUCUAAAUGAGGCUGGGCAGGUGGAAGAAGAGUACAAGCUGAGGAAGGCUAUUUUCUUUGGUGGGAUCGAUGUCUCCAUCCGUGGUGAGGUCUGGCCUUUCUUGUUGCGCUACUACAGCUAUGAAUCCACUUCAGAGGAGAGGGAGGCGCUCCGAGUGCAGAAGAGAGAGGAAUACUUUGAGAUCCAGCAGAAAAGGCUCUCCCUGACACCGGAGGAGCAGAAGGCAUUCUGGCGGAAUGUGCAGUUCACGGUCGACAAAGAUGUGGUGAGGACGGACCGCGGUAACCAGUUUUUCCGAGGAGAGAACAACCCCAACGUGGAAACAAUGAGGCGGAUCUUGCUGAACUAUGCCGUGUACAACCCUGCCAUUGGCUACUCCCAGGGGAUGUCUGACCUUGUUGCCCCACUUCUCGCGGAGGUCCUGGAUGAAUCGGAUACAUUCUGGUGCUUUGUGGGUUUGAUGCAGAACACGAUCUUCAUCAGUUCCCCUCGUGAUGAGGAUAUGGAGAAACAACUGAUGUACCUGCGAGAGCUCCUGCGGUUGAUGCAUGUGCGCUUCUACCACCACCUGGUCUCCCUUGGGGAGGAUGGCCUUCAGAUGCUCUUCUGCCACCGCUGGAUCCUCCUCUGCUUUAAGCGUGAGUUUCCCGAUGCUGAGGCUCUGCGUAUAUGGGAAGCCUGCUGGGCUCACUACCAGACAGACUAUUUCCACCUCUUCAUCUGUGUGGCUAUUGUGGUGAUCUAUGGAGACGAUGUCAUCGAACAGCAAUUGGCCACUGACCAGAUGCUUCUGCACUUUGGGAACUUGGCCAUGCACAUGAAUGGGGAGCUCAUACUCAGGAAGGCUAGAAGUUUGCUUUAUCAGUUCCGCCUGCUGCCUCGGAUCCCUUGCGGUCUGCAUGACCUGUGCAAACUCUGCGGGACAGGAAUGUGGGACAGUGGCUACAUCCCCGCUGUGGAGUGUACGGGGAACCACCCAGACUCGGAUAGCUGCCCUUAUGGAGGCAUGGUGGAGGAACCUUCUCCCAAGCCAGUGAAUGAAAGCAGGAGAGGACUGAAAACACGGGAGGUCUUCACUUUCCGGAAAUGACAGCUUUCUGGGGCUUGAGUGCCCAAAGACUGGAAGAGAAAUGGAAGCGAAAAAACUUGGCGCAGUUGAGACGCACUCUCAGCAGACAUCAACAGGAGACACCAGGAGGCGGAUGUUUCUCCUCAAUGUCCCAAAGGAGAUGGAUGAGUGGAUGGGAGAAGGAAGGAGAGUGGAAGAGUCUCCCUUGUGGUCAAAGCAGGAUCUUGAUGUGUGUCCUAUAUACCUGGAAGGGCGUCGCUCUGAGUGUCCCAACUUUUUUUGAUAUUGUUGUUGCUUUACAGUUCGGAACAUUUUGAAGGGAGUGCACAAGGCUGAGCCUGGUGAAUCAAGAGUUCCAAGGGGCAAAAGGAUUCCCCCUCCUAACACACACACACACACACACACACACACACACACACACACACACACACUGCUGCCGUAGGGGAAUGUAGAUGGCUUAAGUCAUUGAGUCCACAACCAGCAACGCAGUAGAUGGAGGGCAAUGCUACUCCAGCCCCUCCAUCCCAAACACACCCAUGCACCUGUGCACGCCCGUGUUGCUUUAACCAAAACACCAUGACUCUCUGGCUUCUGCAUAACUUGGAAUAUAGUCUGCCAAAAACGAAAACAAUAAAAUUGCAAGCUUUUGGGGUUCCCCAGGGAAAUAAUCACAGUAUGUGUGUAUGUAUCCAAAGCCUGAUCACCAUAUUUUACAAAGCGCUUUAUUUUUAUUCUUUUCAUAUAUACAUGACUUGUUUGCUGUAGGUCAAAAAUCAAAUUUUUGCAGUUACGGAAGUUGCAAUCCUCAAGUUCACUGUGAGUAUAAUAAAUUAUGCAAAAUCACACACCAUGAAAACUUUUGAUUAAUUUUGGCCUGAACCGGUCUGAUUUGAAGAUGCAGGUAGAGCCCCUGUAACGUUUUGUCACUGACACUCCAUUGGGUCUUUGCACAUGGCUACAUGAGAGCCAGUGUGGUGUAGUGGUUAAGAGCAGUAGACUCGUAAUCUGGGGAUCUGGGUUCGCUUCUCCGCUCCUCCACAUGCAGCUGCUGGGUGACCUUGGGCUAGUCACACUUCUCUGAUGUCUCUCAGCCCCACUCACCUCACAGAGUGUUUGUUGUGGGGGAGGAAGGGAAAAGAGAAUGUUAGCUGCUUUGAGACUCCUUAGGGUAGUGAUAAAGCGGGAUAUCAAAUCCAAACUCUUCUUCUACUACUCUCAUUAAGACAGAUUUGGAGGGGAGAAUAGACUGUGCCUGCUGCAGUCUCAAAGCUGAAUCACCAGGCCCCACUUCUAGAGAUGCAGCCUAUACUCUGCAGCUCUGUCACCCUCCUGUCUCUCACAUCCAUGCCCGUCCUCUUUUCCAGCAUUCACCAUGGUUGAUCUUCCUGGAAAAAACUGCCCAAAAUCAGUGCUGCAAGAGCCAGGACCACUUGGAACAGUGAGCUUGAAUGCAUGUCCUGCAGUUGUAAGGCUAGAAUGAAUUUCUCAGUACUCUGAAUCCUGCCCCCCUUGCGGCUUUGAUCCAGCUCUGAGCUGCAUAGGAAAGUGGCACGACAUACCGUAGGUCUUCCUGCUUUUCCCUGCAGCCAUUGUGAGUGUGGCAGGUUGUAGCCUUCUGGUUACAGAGUAAGGGCGACUACUUGGUUCCUGAUGUGCUUUGCUUAAUUUUUAACUGACUUACAUUUUAGAAUGAACCUAACUGC